AUGGACGCGUCAACGUACCCGCGGGAGCGGCUCCAAGACUGGGACAACGUCGCUGCCUGGACGCGCACCUUCCUCACCGUCGCUGGUUCGAUUCACAUCGCCGACUACUACACAAAGCCGGGAUACGAAGACCCCAACUUGGUCAACUACAUCAGCGUCUCGCGCCAUGCUCAACUCUUGCAAGAAGCAGAAGCCGCUGUGCCACGACUGGCGGGCAGCUCAUCAUUUGUCGAGCUUCAGGAACAAGCCGCGCAGCGGAAGCUGGCAGUGUACAGUCACUACUCGACUGCGAUCGACAAGGAGCGAGCAGUCAUGCGGGCCUCCUGUGCCCGACAUGCCGUUGCCUUUCUUCGGUCCGCGCUCCACCCCCGACUUCACGCAGACGUGCUCCAUAUCUGCGAGGCGUACGAAAUGUGGCAGCAUAUCCAAACGAAAGCCAAGCAGCCGACAGAGCCCAGGGAUCCGUCGCGCUUCUAUGACAGCUACCGAAAGGUUGUGCGCCUCCCGAUGGAGUCGAUUGUCGCAUUUACUACGCGCACCGAAGCCUCCAUCGACGCGUUUCUUGCGCAGCUUGCGCCAGUUCCACGCGACACGACGGGUUGGGAUGAGGCCGCGUACCACGGUGCGAUCGCAGCCUCGACGAGUGUCUUCGAUCAACUUCGCACCGUUUUCCUCGGGCACGCUCUUUGCGGUCAAGACGACUUCAAGACUUGGUUUGACGCAACGCCCGACUGCUCGUGCGCCGACAUCAAGGCCUGGGCACAGUGCAGCUCUAUCUCGCCGAGGACAAGGACUCUGGCGCCACGACAUGCAGAGAGUGUCGCACCCGAGCCGGCGCUUGAGCUGUCACUCUGCACGUACUGCCAGAAGACGUGCUGUUGA